AUGCAAUUAAUUGAAAAUGCCGGAUACCAGUAUGAAGAACACAUAGUGCAAACAAAUGAUGGUUAUUUAGUGACACUGCACAGAAUAGUUAAUUCAAAUAAACCAAUCGUAUUUUUAAAUCAUGGAAUAUUAGCCACUGCCGCAGGAUAUAUCACUACAGGACCGAAAUCUCUAGGUUUUCUAUUACAUAAUAGUGGUUAUGAUGUGUGGAUGGCAAAUGCAAGAGGGACCACUUAUUCUCGCUCUCAUGUAUCUUUAGAUCCAGACCGAGAUCCAGAAUUUUGGAAUUUUAGGUAA